UAGGAGAAGGCACUGGCAUCCAGUGGUGCACACUGAUGCACCCAGGCCAGCAGGACAGAACCCAGCAAAGAACAUGAUGUCUGGGAGGCGAGGCCGCCGCAACUCUUCCAGAGGUCGGAGGCGCGCUCUCUCCCGCUCCAGGAGAGCCGAGCUGCAGUUCCCAGUCAGCCGUGUGGAGCGGCUCCUGCGAGAGGGUUGCUACGCCCAGCGCCUGAGCCGGGCCACACCAGUCUUCCUGGCCGGCGUUCUGGAGUACCUGACAUCCAACAUCCUGGAUCUGGCAGGCAAGGAGGCUCUCAGUAACCACAAGAUGCGCAUCACCCCAGAGCACGUGAAGAGGGCACUGGGCAGCAACCAGCACCUCAGCCGCCUCCUUGAGGAGAAUGUCUCCUCUUGGGUCAUUCAGACGCCCCAAGUUAAGAAGUGCUGAGGCCUGGGUCCCCGAGCCAGCCCCCUCCUCUAGACUCCAAUGCCGCCCAUAGAUGAGGGAGGCCUGGCCUUCUGUCAGCACAUGCAAUUAAAGGAUCUGAAUCCAGAAAGAAAAUAAAAAUUUUAAAAAACCCAAUAA